AUGCCAGAUCCUAUAGUAACGUCUUCUAAAAUGGAAAAAACUGCCGAGUUCGAAGUAACAGACUCGGCUUUAUAUAAUAACUUCAAUACAUCAACCACAGCUUCAUUAACCCCGGAAGUUAAGGAGCAUUCUGAGGAAUCUCGCGAUGGGUUGGUUCACAGAUUUGUCAAUUCAUUCAGAAGAGCCGAAAGCCAACGUUUAGAAGAAGACAAUGACUUAGAGGAUGGUACCAGGUCGAUGAAAUCCAACAACCAUCUGAAAAAGUCAAUGAAAUCUAGACAUGUCGUGAUGAUGUCUCUAGGUACAGGGAUAGGAACAGGUCUUCUGGUUGCCAACGCCAAGGGUUUGAGUCUUGCUGGCCCAGGUUCUUUGGUCAUCGGCUACGUUAUGGUCUCGUUCGUCACGUAUUUUAUGGUCCAAGCGGCUGGUGAAAUGGGCGUCACUUAUCCAACGCUUCCAGGUAACUUUAACGCAUACAAUUCCAUUUUUAUUUCAAAGUCAUUUGGGUUUGCCACUACUUGGUUAUUUUGCAUUCAGUGGUUAACUGUGCUACCGUUAGAAUUGAUUACUUCUUCCAUGACCGUCAAGUACUGGAACGACACAAUCAAUGCCGAUGUAUUCAUUGUCAUCUUUUAUGUUUUUUUAUUGUUUAUCCACUUUUUUGGCGUCAAGGCAUAUGGUGAAACGGAAUUCAUCUUUAAUUCUUGUAAGAUUCUGAUGGUUGCAGGCUUUAUCAUUUUAUCAGUCGUUAUCAAUUGUGGGGGGGCUGGUGUGGACGGCUAUAUUGGCGGUAAAUAUUGGCGCGACCCUGGUUCAUUUGCAGACGGUAACGGUGCUACUCGUUUCAAAGGUAUAUGUUUCAUUCUUGUGACUGCAUAUUUCUCCUUCGGUGGUAUUGAAUUAUUUGUUCUUUCCAUCAACGAGCAGUCCAACCCUAGAAAAUCCACUCCUGUGGCUGCCAAAAGAAGUGUGUAUCGUAUCCUAAUCAUUUAUUUGUUGACAAUGAUACUAAUCGGCUUCAACGUUCCUCACAAUAACGACCAGUUGAUGGGCUCUGGAGGGUCAGCGACGCAUGCUUCACCAUAUGUCUUGGCAGCCUCUAUUCACAAAGUUAGGGUCGUGCCCCAUAUCAUUAAUGCAGUUAUUUUGAUAUCGGUCAUUUCUGUUGCAAAUUCUGCUCUCUAUGCUGCACCAAGAUUAAUGUGUUCCUUGGCUCAACAGGGCUAUGCUCCAAAAUUUUUGAACUAUAUUGACAGAGAGGGAAGACCUUUACGAGCCUUAGUGGUGUGCUCUCUUGUUGGUGUCAUUGGCUUCGUCGCCUGCUCUCCACAAGAAGAGCAAGCGUUCACAUGGUUGGCAGCUAUUGCAGGGUUGAGUGAACUUUUCACAUGGUCCGGUAUUAUGCUUUCACACAUUCGUUUCAGGAGAGCCAUGAAAGUUCAAGGAAGGUCACUUGAUGAAGUUGGCUAUAAGGCCAAUACCGGUAUAUGGGGUUCAUACUAUGGAGUUUUUUUCAAUAUUCUUGUCUUUAUGGCCCAGUUUUGGGUAGCACUGUCUCCACUAGGCAAUGGCGGCAAGUGUGAUGCUCAAGCAUUCUUCGAAAGUUAUUUGGCUGCCCCGCUAUGGAUAUUCAUGUAUGUUGGGUAUAUGGUUUACAAGAGAGAUUUCACCUUUUUAAACCCACUGGAUAAAAUUGACUUGGAUUUCCAUAGAAGAGUUUACGAUCCUGAAAUAAUGAGGCAAGAGGACGAAGAAAACAAAGAAAGACUAAAAAACUCUUCAAUAUUCUUCAGAAUCUACAAGUUUUGGUGUUAG